GUAUAUGCAAAAGAAGAUUAGAAUUUAUAGUGAAAACUGAAGGAAUUAAUGAGAAAAGAAAAAGAAAAUAAGAGCAGGGCACAAGAUACCAUAACCUCUUGCAGGAAAUCGAACAGUUGUAAACAGAAGCGUGAGGGAUCAGGGAGACUGUGAGAGGAGCUAGGGAGGGACAAUGCCACCCAGUAGGACAGCUAAGGCAGCCAGGGCUCUCGUGGACGAAUUCUGUACUAUUACAGGUGCAGAUGUGUCCUUGGCACAGAAUCUAUUGGAAGCAUGUGACAACAACUUGGAAAUGGCCAUCAAUAUGCACAUGGAGGGAGCAGUGGACUCUGGAAGCACUCAAGUAGCAGGUCCGGCCUCAAUGAAAUUCCUGCAGGCUACAGAGGAGGUUGCUGUGAGAGCACCAAUUCCUCAGAAACAGGAGGUUUUGGUUGAGGGACCUGAUGAAAUUGCCUUCAGUUUCCGUGGCAGACGCAGAACUGUACGAUCUGUGUUCGACAAAUUUCGAGAUUUUGAAGCAGAAACUAAACGCCAGGAAGAGGAACUGCUGGCUAAUAGUCAGGAGGCAGAGGCUGAGGGAGAGGCUUCAACAAGCAACAGUUGUAGCAGCAGUAGCAGCAAUAGCAGUCUCUUAGCCUCAGCUCGGAGUCGCAGCAAAACAAAGACAUUAGAAGACUUGUUCCGGCCUCCACUUGACCUCAUUUAUCGAGGAACAUUCCAAGCAGCUCGUGACUGUGGUGUGGCAAAAAAGCGCUGGCUUAUGGUGAAUAUCCAAGAUGCAAGUGAAUUUCCUUGCCAAGUUUUAAAUCGUGAUGUUUGGUCUAAUGCUGCUGUGAAGACUAUUGUUAAGGAACAUUUCAUAUUCUGGCAGGAUCUAAAUGACAGCAUCUUGGAAGCUGAUGAAGCUUCCCAGAUAGAAGCUGCUAUCAAAGCUUCUUUAGUUGAGGCUGACAGUGAGAGGUCAAGCCCUGCAGCAUGUGAGGCAGAUGAAGCAAAUCAAGUUGAAUCUGAUUCCCUUGAAACCUUUGAUUCAGAUCAUGAAGACAUUGAUUACUCUCUUGGUCAAAAGAGAAAUCCAGAGAGAAUAUUUAAUGGGGAAAACUCUCUAUUCAGAAGAGAAGUCAGUGCAGCUGAGGAGAAAGAAGACAUGAAAAGUUGUCCUAGUGAAAAAAAGUCUUCAGAUUCAGAAAGCAUGUCUAUCAAUAAUGAAACAGACUGGAAAUCAUAUUUAGGUCCUGCAGAUGACCCAGAAUCAAAGCUAAUGCUUAGGUUGCCUGAUGGUACAAGAGAUAUUGUGUCUAUGCCAUCUUCAUCCAAGUUAAUGGCCCUGGUGAAGUAUGUAUGCAGUAAAGGCUAUAACAGUGAACAGUAUGAGCUGGUAACUAAUUUUCCUCGACGUGAAAUUUCUCAGAUGGAUUUUAACAUAACCUUGGAAGAUGCAGGACUCUUUCCCCAAGAAGCUGUAUUUAUACAAGCUAGAUAACCUCACUUAGCAUUGUCAUUUUUUAGAUUAAGGAAACAUGUACUGCCCUUUUCACUGCCAUCAUGUUUUUAAUCAAAAUGUUUGAAUGUUUUGUACUUACUCAGUUAAUGUAGAUAUUGAUCUGAACAAUUUAUGGCUGUGGUGUGUUAUUCAAUUAGAUUAUCAUGAGCCAUAUUUUUGUACAGGCUAGUACUACCAGACUUGUUGGAUGGAGUAUAUAAGAAGUGAGUUCAUGUACUAUAUUUGCAUUCUCCAUCACAAUAACAAUUGCUAUCAGAAAACUGAAAUGUGAUUAUGAAUUUUUAUUAUCCAUAGAACCCUCAUCAUAAGACUUUAGUAAAAUAGAAAGUUGAGUAUUCACAGAAAACUAACUCAGAGUUAGAAACCUCCCUGUUUGUGUAAGAUAAUGUAAGCCCGUUUUACUUGUUAAGUAUACAUAAAUACUCAAACCAACCAUGUGCUUAGUGACCAAGACAUCCAUCUCAUAUCACAGGAUUAUUUACUUGCUUGGAAAAAUGUGUAUUGGAUUUGGAUCUCAGAAUUGUA